AGCAGCCACCUGUGCCUCCAUCCCCGGAGAUGCCGCCGCCCGGGGCGUCCUUGUGGCAACCCGGCCCCCCCGGGGGUUGGCAGGUGGGCUCCGGGGCUCCUCCCGGCGCAGGAAAAACAAGCCCGGCGGCCGUCGGGGCAGCUCAGGCCGAGCGCGGGGAGCGGACAGCGGCGGUGCUGAUGGCGGAGAAGCUUCACUGAGUCGCGGGGAAGGGGCGCUUGGCGGGAGGGGCCCGGAGCCCCCCGGCCAGCCUCUGCGGGGAGGGCGCGAUGGCGACGGAGUACGAGGGCAUCUCGCCGUCCAACUGGAAGGAAAUCGUCAACAAGAAGCUGAAGUUUCCCGAGGGCCUCCUGGCUGCCAUCCAAGACGGGCAGCUGGUUAAGAUCCAGCAGAUGUUGCACGUCAGUGACGGGAUCUUGCGGCAGCUGGACGAAAGCGAGGAUCGGGCCUGGCGUGAGGCUCUCAACUUGGCCAUCCGCACUGGCGGGGCGGAGAUCACCAAGACCUUGUUGCGCUACGUGAAGUUUGAUUUCCGGCAGGUCCACGAGGCCCUCCUGGUGGCAGUGGACACCAACCAGCCUGGCGUGGUCAAGCAGCUCCUGGAUCGGCUGGACCAAGAGAAGGGACUGAAGAUGGACAUCAAAUCCUUCUCCAUGGCCUUCUUCGAUAACUCCAUCGACAACUCCCGUUUCGCCCCCGGGGUGACCCCUCUCACCUUGGCUUGUGAGAAGGACCUCUACGAGAUCGUGGAGAUGCUGAUGAAGAAGGGCCACACCAUUUCUCGGCCACACAAGGUCUCCUGCGCCUGCUUGGAGUGCUCCAACGGGCGGAAGUUUGACCUGCUCAAGUUCUCGCUCUCCCGCAUCAACACCUACAAAGGCAUCGCCAGCCGGGCCUACCUCUCCAUCGCCAGCGAGGACCCCAUGUUGACCGCCUUCAAACUCAGCCGGGAGCUCAAAUGGCUCUCCAAGAAGGAACCCGAGUUCAAGCCAGAUUACCUGGCGCUGGAGGACCUGUGCCAGGAGUUUGCCUUUGAGCUCCUGGGCAUGUGCCGCAACCAGAGUGAGGUGACGGCCAUCCUGAACGAGCUGGGGGAAGACGAGGUGGACGAUGAGGAUGACGGGGUGGAUGACCAGGCCUUUGAGGAGGGCAUCCCCAACUUGGCCAGGCUCCGACUGGCAGUCAACUACAACCAGAAACGGUUUGUGGCUCAUCCCGUCUGCCAGCAAGUCCUGUCGUCCAUCUGGUGUGGGAGCCUGCCCAGCUGGCGGGGCAGCAAAAGCCUCUGGAAGGUCUUCAUCUCCUUCUCCAUCUUCCUGGCCAUGCCCUUCCUGUCCCUGACCUACUUCUUCGCCCCCAAAUCCAAGGUUGGCAAAAUGCUGAAAAUCCCGGUGAUCAAAUUCCUGCUGCAUUCAGCCUCCUACGUCUGGUUCUUGGUCUUCCUGCUGGUGGAGUCCCUGAUCCUGGAGCACCACCACGAUUCCUUCAAGGGGCGGAACCAGAGCAUGUGGGAGACGUCCCUUCACAUGAUCUGGGUGACAGGCUUCUUCUGGUUCGAGUGCAAGGAGGUCUGGAUCGAAGGGCUGCGCAGCUACCUGCUUGACUGGUGGAACUUCCUGGACAUUGUCAUCCUCAGCAUGUACUUGGCUUCCUUUGUGCUCAGGUUGCUGGUCUACCUCAAAGGGCAGGUUUUCUGCUUGGACAUCCAGGCUUCUACUCCAGAGUGCUACUAUUAUACCCAAGCUAAGCGGCCGGAGUGGCACACUGAAGACCCCCAGUUCAUGGCCGAGGUGCUCUUUGCUGUCACCAGCAUGCUGAGCUUCACGCGCCUGGCCUACAUCCUCCCUGCCCACGAGACCUUGGGGACGCUCCAGAUUUCCAUUGGGAAGAUGAUUGAUGACAUGAUUCGAUUCAUGUUCAUCAUGAUGAUCAUCCUGACAGCUUUCCUGUGUGGCAUGAACAACAUCUAUGUCCAUUAUCAGGAAUCGGAGCGUCUGGGAAGCUUCAAUGAGACCUUCCAGUUCCUCUUCUGGACGAUGAUGGGGAUGGAGGAACACAACGUGGUGGACAUGCCCCAGUUCUUCGUGGCUGAGCUGGUGGGCCGGGUGCUCUACGGCGUCUUCACCAUUGUCAUGGUGGUCGUCCUGCUCAACAUGCUCAUUGCCAUGAUCACCAACUCUUUCCAGAAGAUCGAGAAUGAUGCUGACGUAGAGUGGAAAUUUGCCCGCUCAAAACUUUACCUGUCCUUCUUCAGGGAAGGUUUAACCUUGCCAGUUCCCUUCAACAUCAUCCCGACGCCCAAGUCCAUCUUCUACGCCAUCAGGGGCACCUUUCGCUUCCUGUGCUGUCGCAAAUCAAAGAAGAGUCAGAAAUAUCCCCCAAUCAACACCAUUAGCAAUCCCUCGGUGGAAGAAGGGGGAGCCCGGACCGAAACCCGCCUGUCUUAUCAGCGCCAGGUGCUGAAAGCUCUGGUGCAGCGCUACAUCGACACGGCCAGGCGGGAGCUGGAGGAAAGCCGGAGGAAAGAUCUGGGGAACCGCCUGACCGAGUUGAACAAGUCGGUGAUGCGUCUCUACACGGAGAUGAAGCACCUCCGGCAAUCGGUGGCCACCAGCGGGGUGGCCAGCAACCCCCUGGACGGGGCCAGCGUCCUGCGCAAAUACAUCAUGAAGGUGCGCAACAGCUUCCAGAACUACGAGCCCGAGGUGGGGGGCGACGGCCAGGGCUCCCCCGUGGAAGUGGUGGUCCACCAGGACGUGCCCCUCGUCAUGGAGGGCGCGCUGCCGUUGCUUCGAGAGGAGAAGCCAGGCCAAGCAGGGGGCCAGGCAGAGGGUGAAACGGGGGUCGAGGUGGAGGAGGAGGUGGGGGACGUGAUGCGGACUGAGGAGGAGGAGGAGGAGGAGGAGGAGGCCGAGCCGGGCAUUCCUGAGGCUAAGCCUCAAGAGGAGACAGAAGACAGGGCAGGGCAGGCACCAGAAUCCUGAGCCGCCAUUCAGCAGGAGGGCUCUUCCCCAGCUCUCACGUCUUGCAAAGGACAGCCGUGGCCCCUCUCAGACCACCACAGAAGCCACAUGCUUCCUUUGGGGGGGGCACACAAUCCAGACCCCUUCCCAGAGGUUUCCCUGGGGUGCCCAAAAAGGGGUGGGUGCCCUCUUGGGCAGCACUGGGACGCCUCCGUAGGAAAUUGUGCUAUUCUUGCAAAUGCACUUAGAAGAAGAAGUUGCGUUCUUGCAGUUUAUUAUGGCACAAGGUUUUCUUGCUUCUGAAAGAAAAGAAGGAGGAAGGUCGGUUUGGGAGAAUCUCCAGCAAACAAUCCUUAUGAUUUAUAUUGAUAUAUUGACCAUCAAUUGUGUUGUAAAUGUAAUUGUGUUGUAAACCUUGAUGAAGAUACCUUUUCUUUUAUGUACACUGAGAGCAUAUGCACCAAGACAAAUUCCUUGUGUGUCCAAUCACACUUGGCCAAUAAAAUUCUAUUCUAAAACAACUGCUCUCUGCUGAGCCUUGCUCAUCUCACUGAUCUUGCUGUAAGCUGUAAGCCGCUCAGUUGCCUUGAAAAUAAUAAAUAAACAAAC